AUGAGCAGGUUGGUGGAAUCUGUGAUCUUGGGCUUGGUCCUCCCUGCAGUGGUGGUAGCCCAUGGGGACCAUCACAAGAUAGCGGAUGGGAAAGUGAUAUCAGGAGAUCCUCUGGAUUCUACUCUAUGGGUUCACAUCCUGCUGAUGACUCUGGCCUUUGGGCUCAUCUUUCCGACUGGCAUGGUUCUUGGUAUCAUCCGGUCUCGUUAUCACGUCCCGGUCCAAGUCGUCGGUACCGCUGUGGCCAUUGUCGCUUACUUCCUCGGACAUCUUCACAAGGGUCGCCAGUUUGCCCCAAACAUUCAUGCCUCCUUUGCAAACUCUCUAAUGCUCAUGCUUGUCGUCCAAGUUGUUUUGGGCGUGUAUCUGAAACUUCACCUUGAGAAAGGAUUCCACGGUCGGAUUCGCAAAUACAUGGUCGUGACCCACGGAGUUGUUGGCAAGAUAAUGCCGCUUGUGAGCUGGAUCCAGAUGCUAUUUGGUGGGAUUACGGCUCUAGGGUUCUGCCGGGCAGAUCAUCUUGGUCAAUGCCUUGCUCAUUUCAUCAUGGGAAGCGCCUUCAUCGCAUACGGAAUUCUUCUCACUAUCCUGCUUCUUGUCGGGCAGUUCUGGCUACGCCGGACUGGACGGAGCCAAGAAUUUUUCGACUCGGCUGUCAUUACUGCAUGGGGCUUUGUCAACACUUUCACUGAACAUCGCUGGGGCUCAGCGUGGAGUCAUAGUGAUAUGCAACACACAACCAUGGGUAUCAUCUGGUGGUGUGCCGGUCUACUGGGAAUGUGGUUGAGUAGAAAGCGAAAUGGACGACCAAAGAGAAACAUUUUCCCAGGUGUGGUCAUCUUGCUCACAGGAUAUGCCAUGUCCUCCCACGCGCAGCAUCUUAUGCUCAGUACCAUGAUUCACUCAGUGUUUGGAUACACUUUAAUGGCUGCUGGUGCCGCAAGAAUCAUUGAGAUAUCCUUCAUACUCAAGGACCGUAGCACCCUUAGCCCAGAUGGCUCUGACCCAAACAGCUUCCAGUACCUUACGCCAUAUCUUCUCUUUGCCUCUGGCUUCAUUUUCAUGGGUGCCACAGAAGAACAAAUGCAGCUACUACACGAUGCUGGAGUUGGCCAUGUAUCGUACCUUCUCGUUCUCUACAGUUUGGCUUGCCUCUUAUUCCUGUUGCAUGUCUGGCCAGAGAGUGCCGUUUAUUCUCGCCGCGGCGGCCCCAGCCAUCUGCCUGGCCGAUACCCCCAGCAUGCCAGAGCUCCAACUUUCUAUGGCCUCGAUGGAGCAUCCCCGGCUGCAGAUAUGAAUCGCGGCAUGAAUGGCAACGCGAACGGUGGCAUGACCACUGCUGCUCAGGCUCGAAAUAUCCGGGACGCACAGGAAUUCGAGCUCGAGGGACUCAUUGGUUCUGCUGAUAAAGACCGUGACGAGGAAGAUUCCCCAGUUGCAGGAGAAGCUGUCAAGCUAUAA